UUUUUUCUCUUUGUUUCUAUCUGUGUACGUGUUUUUAUUAGGAACCAUCUCUUUAUCUUUAUGACAUUAGUCUCUUCUGUUCAUUCUAAUAUGACAGCCAGUACCAGUGAAAACCCUAAAUCCAAUGAUAAUAACAACGAAGAGACCAGAGCCAAUAAAGAUCAGGACGUGUUGACUAUGAGUUCAAGUAACCCUGUUUCUUUAAGCGAUCCACUUGAAGCUUUAGAUCCCAAUAUUAUGGCUGACAAGGAAAGCAGUAUGCUUGUUACAGGAUGGGUUCGAGCAAAUUAUGUUGAAGAAAGAGAACAUAAUGUACCUAGAAAAGAUAUGUUUGAACAUUACAAGUCAUAUUGCAUUGCAAACAAACUACAGCCUGUCAAUUCUGCUACUUUUGGUAAGCUCUUGAGAGUUGUGUUUCCUGCAUUAAAGACCAGAAGAUUGGGUGUUCGUGGCCAAUCAAAAUAUCAUUAUUGUGGUAUUCGUGUCAAAAAUACCUAUGAUGCUAGUAGUCUGACAGGAACAAGUGAAAAUCAAGGGCUUAGAUCACCUGCUUCUGUCAGAGCAAAUACUUCUAUCAGUAUGACUCCUUCAUCAAGCAGUAGUUCUCCUUAUCAUGUAAACACAAGUACACAAGAACCGACUACUAUCCCUACUUUUGUUGUGCCUUUGAUCCCUCAUUACAGACACAAUCAUGAAAUUGAUCAAAACUUGGUCUCCUCAUUUACUUCUGCUUAUGAACGCCACUGUAGAGAAAUCUUUCAAUUAAUAUCUACUGGUCAAGUCCAGAAAGUCAGAAAUACAAUGCAAGACUUUUAUCAAGACAUGCCUGGUAAUUUUAUGCGCAUGAUUCAUUCUGUUCCUGAAAUUACAGAAUCUAUUUGGAGAUGGGAUUGCUCACUUUAUGAUGCUGUCAUUAAUAAAUUUCUGCCAACAGUCAAUCAUCCCCUUGCUCAAACAAUGGCUACUGUAUUAAGAACAUAUACAAGAGAAUUAAGAGAGUAUAUCGAGAACGCUUUGAUCAAAUUUCCCACCAGCUUAACUCAAAAGAAACUCGAUGUGGCUCGUAUUUUUUCGGCUAAAUGUCGUCGUCAACUUUCACUCAAUUAUGCAGCACAAACAGCUUCUACUGCAUUAAGCAGACAUGAACUCAUUAGUGUCAUGCGACAAGAUUGGGAACAUUUUGAUGUGGAUGGUAUUUUGGAUCAAACUUUAUGGGUUUGUGAUUGUGACAUUAAUGAAGUCAAGAAUAUAUUGCGUAUCGAAGUCCAUGAUUUGUUGAAUAACAAGCCAACCAUUGAGCAUUGGAUGGAAUGGGUUUCUACCGUAGUGGGAAGAUAUUUGAAGCGAUACAUGCCUUCUAAUUUAAAUGAAGCCACUCAAUAUCUCAUUCGAUCUAAACAGCUCUUAUUGAAAUGGAAUUACUAUACCACCUUGAUCAUGAAAGAAUUUACACUUCAACAAGCCCAAAGUUUUAUUUCUUUUCAUAAUUUACGCUUAUUUCUUGAUGAUUAUAUUUUGUAUCUUGUGGAAGAAAAUAUUGCUCAAGUCAACUUUAUGCUUACACAUCACCAACAACAACAACAACAACAACAGCAGCAACAACGUCAUAAGUCUGAUGAAGAAUCUUUUAUCAAUUACUACACAACACCUCCUUCUUCGGGCAUUGCCAUUGGCUCUGAUCUCACACAUAAAGAUCAUGGAUCCAAACAAGGUCUUUAAAAGUUGACACAUAUUUGCACACAGUACAUAAUUCAUAUCUCUUGCUUGUAAUAUAUUCAUUUAUUAUAUAUAUAUAUUCCCCCUUCCAUUUUUUUUUGGCUUUUUACCUUACUAUGAUUCCUAAUUGCUUAAUAAAAAAAAUCACCUUUUUGCAUUUCGUUUUCCCGC